AGAGCACUUGAGCACAUGAGAACACGGUGGCGGCAUUGGGAGUUUGUGUGGGGAGACCCCCGGAUAAUCCGAUCUCCGACGCCAAGUGGCCUCCGUGCCUGGCCACUUCACCUCCUUCAAGGGUGCCGCUUGUGGACAGUUUAGUUCAAUCUGUUGCCGCUGCUUCUGCCUGAGCCUCGACGCCGACACCGACAAUCUUUCACCAACCGAUACCCCCCCGUCCAACCCAUACAAGGACGGCCGGCAACCGCUCGCGACGCCCAGCCGACACGACGGCAGCAGACCAACGUCUGCCCCCCCGCGACUCUCCCACGGAGCUGCUGGCUGAGCCUCGCCGGCUGCCGCCAUCAUGAGUUCGUCAGAAUACUCUUACGAUGAACAGGCUCAAUUCUUCCCCUUCUUUAUCCUGACGCUCACGGGCCUCGUCACGAUACCCCUGACCUACAGCGUCCUGCAGUCCAGCAAGAGCGACGAGACCCUCGCCCCGCGCAUUCACACCGACUACACUAUCAAGCAUGGCAACGUGGUUGCCGACCUGCGGGCGACGCAGAAGCGGAAGCAGCGCAAGGUCAAGCGCACCCUGGUCGCCCUCGCCGGCUGGGGCCUCAUGGGCUUCAUGGCCUACCUGAUCAUGACGACCGAGCCCACCGUCGCCAAGAUUUGGAACCCAUACGACAUCUUGGGAAUCUCAGAGUCCUACACCGAGAAGCAAAUCAAGUCGCAUUAUAAACGCCUCUCCCUCAAGUUUCACCCCGACAAGGUCCGCCCCGAUGCGUCCAAAAACGAGACUGUCGAGUCCCUCAACGAUCACUACGUUGAGCUCACAAAGGCCUACCAAGCCCUCACCGACGAGGAGGUGCGCAACAACUACAUCCAGUUCGGCCACCCCGACGGCAAGCAGAGCUUCAGCAUCGGCAUCGCCCUACCCAAAUUCAUCGUCUCCGACGGCAACGGCAAGUACCUUGUCCUGCUCUACACUGGCCUCCUCGGCGUCCUGCUGCCGUACCUGGUCGGAUCCUGGUGGUAUGGCACCAAGAAGAGAUCCAAGGAGGGUGUCCUGAUGGAGAGCGCAAACAACCUGUUCCGCCAGUAUGACGAGUCCCUAGACGAGGCCGGCAUCAUCACCGCUCUGAGCGCCGGCAAGGAGUUCGAGGCUGUGCUCAAGGGCGACCAGGCCGACCAUGGCCUAUCUAAGAUUGAGUCUCGCAUCACGGCCGCGGGCGAGGCAUCCCUGUUUGCUGCUGGACUCUCCGUCAAGGACAAGGAGAAGCUCGAAGACCUCGAUAGUGGCGUGCGUCGGAAGGCUCUCGCCUUGCUCUGGGCUUACCUGGGCCGCGUCGAGCUCGAUGACCCUGCCCUUACCAAGGCCAAGUACGACAUUGCCCCCAUCGCCCGGAUGCUCAACCAGUCCUUUGCCGCCAUCGCCCUCGCCUACGGCAACAUUGGCCCUGUCGCCGGGUCCUUCUACGCCAACCAGCACAUCAUCCAAGCCAUUUCCCCCAAAUCAUCGCCGCUUCUCCAGCUCCCCCACUUUACUCCCAAAAUCGCCAUGGCCGUCGAGGGCGACUCCAAGACCCACCUCACGGUGCAGCAGUUCAUGGACCUCCCCGAUGCUCAGCGGAGACGGCUGGCCGUCGGCAAGGGUCUGUUGACGGAAAGCGAGUACAAGACGGCCAUGAGCGUCGGAAAGCAGCUGCCAUACCUGCGCGUCGCCAAGGCCUUUUUCAAGGUCACGGGCGAGCGCGUCAUCAUCCCCUCGGCCCUCGUCACCCUGGUCAUCAAGGGCCGCUUCAUCCCGCCCGGCACCGAGAAGGUCCCGGCCAUCAAUGAGCUGGACCUGGAGGACGUCGACCCCGCCGAGGAUGACCUGGACGCCCUCAUGGGUCGCAAGAGCAAGACCAUCAAGGGCCCCGACGGCAAGCCCGUCUCCGUCGAGGAGCAGUCCAUCCUGCCGCCGCUGACGUUCGCGCCACACUAUGCGCGCGAGCACACGCCCAAGUGGUAUGCUUUCUUGAGCGACUCGAAGCAGGGCAAGAUGGCAGUGCCUCCCUUUACGUUUGACCGCUUUGAUGAACCCAUCUUUGAUGACCAGGGGAAGCCGACCUUCAACAUGCAGACGCUCAAGGCCCAGUUCGCUGCGCCGCCGCAGCCGGGCCACUACACGUUUGUCAUGCACGUCGUCUGCGACUCGUACGUCGGCUUCGACACCAAGAUGGAGGUCACAUUGGUGGUGGAGGACGCGGCCAAGGCGGCGGAGAUGGAGAUUGAGGAUGAGAUCAGCGAGCCCGAAGAAGAUUCGGUUGCCGGAACGAUGCAUGCCUUGAGGACAGGUGAGGCGCCUAAGCCGAGGCGGCGAAAGGAACAAGAGGAGGAGUCAGAUGACGAGAGCGGCACAGAGGAGUCGGACGAUGACACGAGCGACACCAACACGGACACGGAGGACGAGUCAUAGUUGUUCGCGUGUUUGAUGUCACCUCUUUCGUUGCCUGAUACUGGAUGGUGGUACUGUUGUUGUCGUUGCUGUUGUUACCUGGUGAGCUUGAGAGGUGAAGGCGCGAGACGGCAGCAUUGGCACAAUCGGUUCCUUGUACGAGAGCGAAGGCAGAAGAGGCAUUGUGAGACACUCUAGAAGUUGCGGGCGCGCGCGCGUUUUUGCAUGCGAAGGGAGAGGGUUGGGAAUCAAAAUGGGACAGGACGGCAGAAGUCGGACGGGCGCACAUAUGGGCAGGGGAUCUCGGCCUAUCUGAAGCGCGAGAGCGUCUUGCUCUGGAGUUGUUUUUAUUAUUCAUUUAUAUGACGAAAGCGUUACAUAUAUCCCCCCUCCUGCCCCCCUCUCGGUGCGUCUGUUGGUUCCCCGACGUUGUGUUUCGCAGUGG